UCUACAGAGCAACGCCCAUUUUGUACGGUUGCUAUGGUAACUCCAAGAGACAGAUCGUCAGGAUGAGGGACAACUCAAAUAUAUCAUCAGUUUGUGAUCAAACUAACAUAUGUAGAAUGGAAGAAGGUUAAAAUAUUUUAUCGAUAAAGUUAUAAAAGUUCCUUUUUCGAUUAUUUCUCUCGAUUAAAUUCGUUUCUAUAUACAAAAGCGAUGCUGAAAGUUAGGCUUAACUGCAAGCUUCUAUUUUGAAAUUUUAUCCCUCUUUUUCUUUUUUUAUUUUAUUUUAUUUUUCGAGUCGAGAACGAAAAAGAUCUUUCCUCUUUCGCAAAAAAUGGGAAAUAUCUACACGGUCGGGCCAAACGAAGCCUUAAUUGUUUCAGGAGGCUGUUGUGGUGGCUUAGAGAAACGAAUGGUGGUAGGAGGAUGGUCAUGGGCUUGGUGGUUAGUCACCGACGUACAAAGAUUACCACUGGAAGUAAUGACAUUAAAUCCUCGCUGUGAGCAUGUUGAAACUGCACAAGGUGUUCCCUUGACAGUGACCGGAGUAGCCCAAUGUAAAGUAAUGACUGAAAAAGAGUUUCUUGCAACUGCUGCUGAACAAUUCUUGGGCAAGGAAGUUGAACAUAUUAAAUCUGUCAUUCUUCAAACUUUAGAAGGACAUUUAAGAUCAAUUGUUGGUACAUUAUCUGUGGAAGAAGUCUAUCGGGACCGGGACCAAUUUGCUUCUCUUGUUCGAGAAGUAGCAGCACCUGAUGUCGGACGAAUGGGAAUUGAAAUACUCAGUUUCACUAUUAAAGAUAUUUUCGACCAAGUCGAGUAUCUAUCUUCGUUAGGAAAAGCACGUGCUGCUAUUGUCAAAAGAGACGCAGAAAUCGGUGUCGCCGAAGCAGAAAGGGAUGCAGGAAUUCGGGAAGCCCAAUGUGAAAAAGAAGCUAUGGAUGUAAAAUUUAAUGCUAAUAUUAAAAUAGAAGAUUCACAUCGAAUGUUUCAGUUGCAAAAGUCAAAUUUCGAUGUUGAAGUUAAUACAAUGAAAGCGGAAGCACAGUUGGCUUAUGAAUUGCAAUCUGCAAAAAUGAAACAAAAAAUUAGAAAUGAAGAAAUUGAAAUAGAUGUGGUGGAGAGGAGAAAACAGAUUGGAAUCGAAGAGAAAGAGAUUCUGAGAAAAGAAAAAGAAUUAACUGCAACUAUUCGUUUACCUGCAGAAGCAGAAGCUUAUAAAGUUGAAAUGAUAGCCCAUGGAAAAAGGACUCAAACAGUUGAGGUAGCUAAAGCAGAAGCUGAACGCAUAAAGAUGCUGGGAGGUGCCGAUGCCUAUGCCAUUGAAGCAGUCGGAAAAGCCGAAGCCGAAAGAAUGAGAAUGAAAGCUGCAGCUUACAAACAGUAUGGAGAAGCUGCAGUGAUGAGUCUUGUCUUGGAGGCUCUUCCAAAAAUUGCAGCUGAAGUGGCAGCUCCUUUAUCUAAAACUGAUGAGAUUGUUUUGAAUAGCUGUGAUGAUCAGUUAACUUGUGGAGUAACUAAAUUAGUCAGUCAGUUACCUCCAGCUGUUCAUGCUUUGACUGGUGUGGAUGUUUCAAAGGUAAUUGUAACUGAAUAUUUUAUAAUAAUUAUCGUUUUUUUAUUAUAAAAUGCUUAAAAUUAA